AUGACAAGCACUGAGUUUGAAACAGUUAGAAAGAUAGACAAUGAGACCAAGGUGGUUAGAAUAGGUGAUUUAAACGUAAGAUACUCAAAGAAAUACAAAAAAUAUUCUUUGUCAGACAUUUUAACACUAUCUGAAGGAAAGAAAGCACACGACUGGGUUAAAAAUGCUUCAACUCAGAAAAUUUUGACAAAAAAUCCUGAGCUUAUGAUAUCGGUAAGAUUCUAUGGAACAAGAGCAUAUCUUAUAGACAAAAGUCUUAUACCAGUAGUUUUGUUCUGGAUUGACCCAGUUGUUGGAUAUAAUUUCAUAACAUAUGGUUCAUUCGAUACGGAACGUUGCUGUGAAGGCUUACUUUACAUCGUUCAGAAACCGAAGGACUUCAAUACAAAGAGAUAUAAGAUAGGAAGAACAUUUAAUAUAACUCAAAGAUAUGACAGUAUAGUCAAUAGAGUUAAGGUUGCGUUUGUUAACGAUAUGAGAGCUGCU